GGUGUGAACGGAAGAAGAGCGCUCUUUUCUUUCACCGUGUUGCCAUCAGACGUGUUUUUCUUUCUUUAAGGACUAUGUGCGCCGAGAAUGGCGGACACCAACGCGAUUGAGGAACUACAGUCGGAGCUCACCUGCCCGGUGUGUUUGGAGCUCUUCCGUGAUCCGGUGAUCCUCGAGUGCGGGCACCACUUCUGCCAGCUGUGCAUCAUCCAGUGCUGGGAAGCCAAGGCGGACGAGUUGUCGAGUUGCCCCAAGUGCAGAAAGUCGAGCGGCCGUAAGCUGCGACCCAACUCGCUUCUGUGCAACGUCGUGGACAGCGUGCGCAGAGCCCGGGCCAUGGACACAGCCGCGGGGACUACCGGGUGGUUCUGUGAAGGUGCGCUGGAGGAGCCGGAGGAACGGGAGCCCGGGUCCAGCAUGAACAGCGUGGCCUCGUCCAUCGGGCACUGGCCGCGCCUGGGUAUGGAUAUGGAUAUGUGCGAGGAGCAUGAGGAGAGGUUGAAGCUGUACUGUGAGGACGACCAGCUGCCCAUCUGUCUGGUGUGCGGCAUGUCGAGGGACCACAAGACCCACAAUGUCAUCCCCAUUAUCGAGGCCUUUGAAAACUACAAGGAUAAGCUGUCUGUCGCUCUAGAGAGGGUUGAGCUACAGACCGAGGAGGCCACGCUCUUCCAAAGGCAGACCAACGAAAAGAUCCUCCUCACCAAGGAUCGAGCAGGAGAUCUGGAGGAGAUGGUCACUGCAGAGUUUGGCCGUCUGAGGGAGUUCCUACUGGAGGAGGAAGAGCGCAUAAAGGAGAAACUGCAGAAGCAGAAGGAGGAGAAGCUCAACCAGCUGGAGGAGGCGCUCACUGAGACCACAGAGCAAAUCAGCCAAAUGGAAAGCACGGCCGACCAGCUUCGCCUCAAACUGACAGAAGAGGAAAACCCAGAGCAACUCAAGGGAAUCAAAGAUUUCAUUGGAGGGGCUGAGAGCUUGUUUGAGCGCCCCUCAGAGGUGGGUGAGUAUCUGCAGGCAGGAGAGUUUCUGGGACCUCUGCAGUACAGGACCUGGAGGAAAAUGAGCUCAAUCUUUCAGCCAGCUGUCAAAGCGGUGACCCUGGACCCAGACACAGCCUACCCGUGCCUGUCUGUGUCCCCGUGUCGCACCAGCGUUCACGUGGGAAAAAUCCAGCCCAACCUGCCCAACAACCCAGAGCGCUUUACUCUCUACAACAUCGUCCUGGGCUCUGAGGCCUUCUCCUCUGGGAGACACUACUGGGAGGUGGAAGUGGAGUCCAAGACAGCGUGGGGUCUGGGCGUGGCCACAGCCUCCGUCAACAGGAAGGAUGAGAUCAGCCUCUGCCCGGACGAUGGUUUCUGGACCCUGGUGCUGAGGGACAACGCUGACGGCACAAGCGAUUAUGAGGCAUGCACCGACUCGGAGGAGAGCUUGAUAUAUCCCUCCAAACCCCCCAGCAGGGUGGGGGUCUAUCUGGACUAUAAUCGUGGUGACGUUGGGUUUUACGAUGCAGGAAACAUGAGCCACCUCUUCACCUUCUAUAAUGCAAAUUUCAAAGAGCCUGUUUACCCGUACUUUAAUCCCUGGCCGAUAAUCAACGGACAAAACCGGGAGCCACUCACCAUAGUGACGCCACACUGGGGAUAGAUGUCUUCUUUAUCAGAGGACAGAUUCAGAAUAUAACUGCAGAAGAAGAUUUAGCAGCUAUUGAACUUGGAUGGACUCCUUCAUGAGCACUAACACAUCUGCCUUGUCAUAAGGACUUUGCUGUAUUAAUGAUGUGGGGAUGAUGAACACGCAGGUAACAAGGGCUGGGAAUUGUUAAAAAAAAUUCCACCAU